AUGUCCGACAGGCAUUUCAUCAACGAUCCUACUCUGCUGGUGAACUCAGCUCUCGAGAGCCUCACCCUUACUAACCCUUCUGUGGCCCUGGAUGCUGAGAACAAGAUCGUCUAUAAAAGACCCAGCCAUGAGCCAUCGCAGGUCUCAAUUAUCAGCGGUGGUGGUAGUGGGCAUGAGCCGAGCUUCGGUGCCUUCGUCGGUACUGGCUUGCUCUCGGCUGCCGUGGCCGGAACUAUCUUCGCAUCACCUAGCGCAGAGCAAAUACGCAGGGCUAUAACUUCGAGAGUGGAUACUGACAAAGGUGUCUUGGUUACCGUCAUGAACUAUACUGGCGAUGUUCUUAAUUUCGGUAUGGCAGCCGAGAAGGCGAAAGCUGACGGUCUGAAUGUCGAGAUGAUCAUUGUUGGCGAUGACGUUGGAGUUGGCAGGGAAAAGGGAGGUAAAGUUGGUAGGAGAGGAAUCGCUGGAACAGUUCUAGUACACAAGAUAGCUGGCGCUCUCGCAGCACAGGGACGCAGCCUUGAAGAAGUUUACAAGGUCGCAAAACUCACCGCAGCUAAUCUUGUGAGCGUCGGAGCCAGCCUUGAUCAUGUGCAUGUUCCCGGGAGAGCAAUCGGUUCUAACGCCGCCGAGAGCCUUCAAGAAGGAGAGGUAGAAAUUGGAAUGGGAAUCCAUAACGAGGCAGGAUCGGGACGAAAGAAGGUCGAUCUCCCAGAGCUCGUGGGCACGAUGCUAUCACAGCUUUUAGACCAGAACGACAAGGACAGAGCGUUCCUCAACGUAAACUCUAACGAAAUAGUACUACUUGUGAACAACCUUGGGGGUGUUAGCGUCCUCGAACUAGGAGGCAUCACUGCGGAGGUGGCGAAGCAGCUAAGAUCAUCUUGGGGUAUUCAGCCCGUGAGGAUUCUUAGCGGAACAUACAUGACAAGCUUAAACGGGUUAGGAUUUAGUAUUUCGCUCCUGAAUGUCGUAAAUACAGAUAUUGGUGGUCCGAGCAUGAUUCAGCUAUUAGACUAUCCGUGUGAGGCUACAGGCUGGUCAGCACCGAUCCAGAAAACUACAUGGGAAGCAAAGAAUGCCGCUACUAGGGAAAAUGGAACGGGUUUCGGCCAGAGCAUUAAAUCAAGUGGUCUUAAGACCAACGGAAAUGCAUUCAAUGAUGCUUUGGCUUCAGGUUUGCGAGCUAUCGUAGCGGUCGAGCCAGAGGUGACCAGAUAUGAUACUGUGGUUGGAGAUGGCGACUGCGGUAUCGGCUUGAAACGUGGUGCUGAAGCUAUCCUUAAUCACUUAAAGGAAAAGCCGGCAACAGGAGAUGUCAUUGUCGAUCUCACCCAUAUCGUCACUAUUAUUGAAAAGGCGAUGGAUGGCACUUCAGGGGCGCUGUUUGCGAUCUUCCUAAACGCUCUUGUUCAUUCACUCCGAACUUUUGCCCCAGGAGAUGCAUCUCCGGAGGUAUGGGCUGGCGCUCUCAGACAAAGCUGUGAUGCGUUAUCAAGAUAUACACCGGCACGGCCAGGUGAUCGCACACUAAUAGACGCGCUAUAUCCGUUUGUUGAAGUUCUCGGAAAGACAGGAGAUCUUAAGGAGGCCGCUGAAGCCUCGAGGAAAGCUGCUGAGGAGACCAAGGGAAUGAAGCCUAGUCUGGGCCGGGCGGUGUAUGUUGGGGGCUCCGGAUUUGAACAGGUACCUGACCCGGGCGCUUGGGGAUUGGCAAGUUUCUUCCUAGGCCUUGCUGGGAUAAAAUCCGAUGAUGAAAGCUGGGAAACUAUAUAA